AUGGCUCUGGACUACUUGGCCAAAAAAGAACUUGAGGAUGAGGCUUUGAAGCAUAUCGGAGCACACUGUCCAGAGCUGGUUACUCUCAACCUGCAGACAUGCUCGCAGAUCACAGAUGAUGGCCUCAUCACUAUUUGUCGAGGUUGCCACCGGCUGCAGUCUCUGUGUGUGUCUGGUUGUGCCAACAUUACAGACGCCUUCUUGCACGCCCUGGGACAGAACUGCCUGCGUCUCAGAAUAUUAGAAGUGGCUCGCUGCUCUCAGCUUACAGAUGCUGGCUUUACUCCAUUAGCAAGGAAUUGCCAUGAACUUGAGAAGAUGGAUUUAGAAGAAUGUGUACAGAUCACAGAUGUAACUUUGAUCCAGUUGUCCAUUCACUGCCCUCGUCUCCAAGUCCUGAGUCUGUCUCACUGUGAGCUGAUAACAGACGAUGGCAUCAGACACCUCGGCAGCGGACCCUGCGCUCACGACCGCCUGGAGGUGAUCGAGCUGGACAACUGCCCCCUUAUCACAGACGCCUCUCUGGAGCACCUGAAAAGCUGCCACAGUCUGGAUCGCAUCGAGCUUUAUGACUGCCAGCAGAUUACCCGCGCAGGCAUUAAAAGACUACGGACUCAUCUGCCUAACAUCAAAGUGCACGCGUACUUCGCUCCUGUCACUCCGCCCCCCUCCGUCGGGGGCAGCCGUCAGAGGUUCUGCCGCUGCUGCAUCCUGCUAUGAUGCAAAGACAAGCACCCCCUCUCCUCCCGCAACCUCCCUACUCGGCGUGUUCCUCCCCUCAACCCAAUGCCACACCAUCUCAUCUUCUAAAGAAAAAGGAUACAGAAAACUUCAUGUUGGUGUGCCCGCUCUGCUUUCUUUUUCUCGGAGCUCCAGAGAACGACGGAGAACCAAACGGGAUUCAAGAUUCUAGAUGAACUUCUCUAGAAACAGUUUUGAGUCCCAAAUCAUACACGGUUAACAUGAACGUCGGUGGGCACAUCAGUAUUUUUAAGAGGGGCUGUGUGAAUGACAGCUGUGUUCAUCAGUGCUACACGAUUUUUCUUUCAAUCAAAUGAAGUAUGGACAAUUCCUCCCACCCCCCAAGUAAAACUGAGGAUUUUCACCCAAUUCCUCCCAGUUUUUUCGCCCUGGUUUUGAAGGUCACUCAAAAGCUACCUCUAAACAGGAACUGCACUUGAGUAAGACCAACGUUUACUGAUUAUUUCAAAAUAAAAGCAGCAGUGACGUAGCUGAAAAACUGCCAACACCUCCGACAAACACACACACACACACACACAAACACACAGCAGCAGAGAGCAAUUAUCUUUGUUCCUUUUAAGAAUAUCAGCAGCCAUUUGCACUUGCAAUGAAAAAGAGAAACAAUGAUCAGACAUUUUACUAACUCCCGCUGGCGCUCACAGCCAUUGUCCUCUCACCUCUCUCCGUUACAAUCAGGCGCUUCAAGAUACUGAAGAGAAUGGAAACAAAAGUUGAAAUAUUUUUCUAGAACUCAGACUCACAAGUCGGGACUUAAAAAGAUGCCAAAUGUUGCAUGUAACUCCUUCUUGUCCUUUUUUUCUUUUCUUUUUUUUUUUAAUUAAAAAAAAGUGUAAAUAUAUAGGACUGCGAGUCGAAGCCAGCUAAAAAGCAGCAACAGGACAGUGAUGUAAGUUGUGGGUGGAAACAUCCACCCAUCGGAGGAGGCUCCAGCAAAGUUGGAGCAGGCUCGUUUACACACUGAUCUGCUGGGGAGUUUAAGCCAGAUCUGUCUGAUUUGCUGACCUGUUACAGCUUAUGUUAACAAUAAACUUCUCUUCCCCCCUCCACCCCAUCUGAAAAGAAGUGUAAAAAUAAGACCCAACAUCACUACAGGAAUUCAAGCUGAAGGACAAUGGAAAGAUAAAGCCAACUUAAAAAAAAAAAAAACAAUCCUAGAUUGUCUUCUUUCAGUUAGUUUGAGUUCACUGAGUUGCUUUUUCUUUCGCCUGGAGGACUAAGGAAGCGGCAGGGUUCGAGAGCCUCAGCUCCUCAGAGGCCUUGCAGGGAUUGCUCCGGCCGUCUGGGACGAGCGACCUUGAAGCCGCUCCAAGAGAAAGCUGACUGAAUCUGAGACCUGCAGCGGCGGAGCUUCUAAAGGACUUCAGCUCCGUGGCCCUUUGAAGUAUUGAAGCCUUUUCUUAUGAAUCGCCCUGUCCUGCUUUCACACCUGCUUCAUUCUAUCUCUUUAUAUAAAUGUUUUUUUUUUCCCCCUCCUGGCUGUAAUUUCCUCUGAGUCUUUCACUCUCUUUGUUUUGCUGUGGUUUGGAUUCUGUCUCCGUUGUGUUUGAAGCCAUGAGUCCCGUCUCUGUGGAAUGAGUUUAAGCCCAAUUUCCAAUCCUGGUUUUGAUCUGAUGGAGUUUGUUUUCAUAAAGUUUGUUACUAAAUGUGUAGCAUUUGUCCGUGGGAAGUGUUGGCAUCAGUGCAAUUGUAUUUUU